UUUUAGGUGACUGAAGCUGACCCCAUUUGAUUGACAUGUCAAACCCAGUUAUCACCCACCAGCCAGGAGCAGGCUCUUAUGGGACAAAUGUGCAGACGGGCGAGUGGAGCACUGGGCUAUGCUCCUGCUGCAGUGACAUCCUAGUCUGUGCCUUGGGCUUCAUCUGCCCACUAGCAUUAAGUUGCUACACAGCUAACAAGUACGGUGAGAACGCGUGCCUGGCCUGUGUUCCAGGAGGCAUGACAGCCAUGAGGACCCACAUGAGAUUGACCUAUGGGAUUCAGGGGACAAUAUGCAAUGAUGCAUUGAUGACCUGUUGCUGUGGAUUAUUUGAGACGUGCAGGAUGGCCCGUGAAAUUCGCAUCAGAAAUGGGGAUGUUUGACUUGUACAGUAAUUUGAAGACAUUUUCAACUGGAGGAUAAAUUAACCUCAUGUCACAUAUUGUUGAUACAAAUUGUCAUUGUUAUACUAUGUACAUUUUUACUUCUGUAUUGUUUAAAUUUGACCCCUACCCUCAAACAGUACUGCUUAAAGAAUUCAUAGCACCAUGAAUGAACAUAAGAUAUACAAUAAAGUUAUGUUUUUUCUUGUUUUCAA